AACAACUGAACGGAAUCUCCCCCGCCAGUGCCCCCCGCCACAUAUUCUCCAGUAUUUCGACAUCACUGCUGUGAGCAGUGCACACAUUUGGGAACUAUUGGGUAGCAGCAGGGGAAAGAUGUUAGCAGAGAGAAAACCUAGUUGGAAGUGUUUUCGAAGCAGGUAGAACUGGACUUCGAAUAAACUGCGGUGCGAAGUUCGGGUUACAGCCUCCCCCACGUCAGCUCCCAGGCUGUAGACAGGGCCAGUGCGAGCUGACCAUGGAGGGUGGUGGACUGGUUUGAGGACAAGCAGGAAAGAAGUGUUCACCAUGGGGAGCCACAGGAACGGUUUUACUAAUGAGAGUUUCAUUUUGUCUGUGGAUGUCGGGACUACUUCGAUCAGAUGUCAUGUCUAUGACAAGGAGGCAGAAAUCCGAGGGUCAUGCUCCACCAUGGUGGUUCCCUUGUAUCCAGAGGUAGGACAUGUGGAAAUGGAGCCAGAAGCAAUAUGGGAAGGGUUUAUCACUGUGGUCAAGGGAGCUGUGCAAGAUGCAGGAGUUCACAUGCGUCAGAUAGAGGCCCUGGGCAUCUCCACUCAAAGAGGCACUUUCACAACAUGGGACAGGAGAACGGGAAUUCCUUUCCACAACUUCAUCAGCUGGCAGGAUCAGAGAGCUGCAGAUUUGGUGAAGACCUGGAACAGAUCCUGCACAAUGACGGCCAUCCAGGGCGUGAUGAAGGUGCUCUACUUCUUCACCAGACAGAAACGGUUGCUGGCAGCAAGUCGUCUCCUCUUCUCCCCUCAACAUGUAACCUUCCGCCUCGUCUGGGCCCUCACACACUACAAGCAGAUUCGUCAGGCGGCAAAUAAAGGCAACUGCUGCUUUGGAACAAUCGACACCUGGCUGCUGUUCAAACUCACCAAAGGGCAAGUCCAUGCCACAGAUUACUCCAAUGCCAGUUCUACAGGAAUUUUCGACGCCUUCCAGAUGUGUUGGAGUAGCUUUCUCAGCUCUAUGGUUUCUAUACCUCUCUCUAUUUUCCCCAAAAUAGAAAACACUAGCUAUGACUUUGGAUGCACAGACCCGUCCAUAUUCGGUCUGCCCAUCCCCAUCAUGUCAGUGAUGGCGGACCAGCAGGCAGCCAUGUUUGGAGAGUGCUGCUUUGAUGUUGGUGAUGUCAAGAUCACCAUGGGAACCGGCACCUUCAUGGACAUCAACACCGGGAAUACACCACAUACAUCGUCAGCAGGUCUGUAUCCUCUGGUGGCAUGGAAGAUCGGCCCAGAGGUGGUGUACCUGGCUGAGGGCAAUGCAGCGGACACAGGCACCGCCAUCAAAUGGGCUCAGGAGCUGGAGCUCUUCUCUGACGUCCAGGAGACCAGCGACAUGGCUUACAGUGUCAGCGACUCAGACGGAGUGUGCUUCGUUCCCUCCUUCAACGGCCUGCAGGCUCCUCUGAAUGAUCCCAAAGCCUGUGCCUCCCUCAUGGGCCUCAAACCCUCCACCACUAAGAGUCAUCUGGUCCGAGCCAUUCUGGAGUCUGUGGCCUUCAGGAACAAGCAGCUAUAUGACACAACCCUGAGGGAAACUCAUAUUCCCAUCACAAAGAUCAGGGUGGAUGGCGGCGUUUCCUCCAACAACUUCGUCAUGCAGCUGACUGCAGACCUGUUUGGCAGAAAGAUAUCCCGACCCCACCACUACGAAAUGUCGUGCUUAGGGGCCGCUUUCGUCGCUGGACUUGGAGUCGGCUAUUGGAGGAGCAGAGAGGAGCUGAAGAAGCUGCAAAGAGCUGACGAUGCGUUCCUGCCCAAAGGGGUUCCCAACGGCAGUGCCUCCAGCCCGUGUCGGGAGUACAUCCCCGUCAUCCAGAGCUGGGAGAAGGCUCUCAGGCGCUCCAUGAACUGGUACAAGCCGUGACCUGGACGCACACACAGAGAGGGCGGUCCAGAGUCUGAACAAGUAGGAUAUCCAUACAUGAGACUCCAAUUAAAUUAAAUUAACGGUUUACACAUCGUGAGAUCGGUGCGAAAAUGUGAAACCUCCUGUAAAUAUUGUGUCUUAGGCUUUUAUUGUGAAAGGCAGGCCUGCCCCUCCCUACACGCAGAUCACACAGACUGCGUGGGGCCUCAUCUUGCGGAGGGGGCCUCAUCUGAUACGCAAAUGUGGCGCAAUGAAGCACGCCACUGCGAGGCAAAGGUCAAAGGUUUGCGUUGUAAGGAGCCUCCGUGUUGUUGUGUUCAAGACAUAGCAACCAUCAGCUAUAUCUCCAAUCUAAUUAAGGGAAAAGGCCUCCACACACCCCAACAACACACAAAUCUGAAAUAGUCCGUCUUUUAUUUUGAAAGAUAAGAACGCAAGAAGGGUUUUGCCUACAAACGAAUAUAGUCUGCUUUAGGCCUUUAUUGUGAAAGGUGGAAAAGCAAGAAGGGGUCUGGAUUCUUGGUUCUGAUUAUGGAGCCUCUGUGUUGUUGCUUUGACUUUGUUGUUUUAAGAGAUAGCAACCAUCAGCUCUACCUCUAAUCUAAUUCAAGAUAGGGCCUUUACACACUGUAACAUCAAUACAAGCCUAAGACGGACUCUAUUCACCUGCGAGUAUAGCUGCUAUAUCUUUGUUGUUGUAAAUCAAAGCUAUAGCAGCCAUCAGUUGUGUCUCCAAUCUAAUUAAACACGAACAUGCGGAAUACUCGCCUGUGAAUAUUGUCGAGGCUUUUAUUGUGAAAGGUGAGAACGCAAGGAGGCCUUCCUGGUUCUGACCUCCGUGUUGUUGCUUUAUUAAUAUACUCAACCCUUUUCAGACAACGUGAUUGGUUAAUGCCAUUAUGUGUGGCUCAAAAGCUCCACAAAUUGUACAUCAUCGCAGUGUAAUGUUCUAUUAAAACAACGGUUUAAACCAUAUAUAUUGAAGAGUGAAAAAUGUGUGUGAAGGCCUUUAGUCUUGAACAAUACAAAGAAAGUAGACCUCAAUGAUUUGGUGACUGCUGUGCGACCUUUAACAGCAGCCACUCGAGGGCGAUGACAGAAAAUGUGUUCCUACUUGAAUAUGGAACACAGCUGAAGGUCUUCCUCUCAUCACACUGAGACACACUGAUAUCUGUGGGCGUAGGCAGGGUCCCGGGACAGGACGGGUGACCCCAGCCUCCAGUUGUGCUACUCAUUAAGAAGUUUACUCAACCUUUUGUACUGGAUUUCCUCUCGCCAUUGGAACCGUAUCCUUGUAUUCAUUCCUCACCUCAAGCCACUGGUGCCUCUUUAUAUUGCAGUUAUUUUAUCAAGCUUGGAUAAUAUUUGUACAUGCUGACUGCCACAUGGGGGCGCUAAUGACUCUGUCUUAUAGCUUUUUCAUUUAUGAACAGCCAUAGCAACAACAUGCCACACAAUAUGGAUUGAAAUCACAUUCACACAUGAUGCUCACUUAAUAGGAAGCAGGAAUUUAGAAUGAAUAAAAGCACUUAUUAGUUAAAAAUCCCUUUUCCUUCUUGUCUUAACAGCAUUUAGGCUUUGUUGAUCGAUAAGUAGUCAACUAUAAAUUACUUUAAACAACUUAUUUAAAUAUCUUUAUCUCAAAAGCGUACAAAUGAACUAAUAUGAUUACCUUUUAUCAGCUUCUCAAAUGUGAAUAUUUUCUGAUUUCUGUGACAGUAAACUGAAUAUGUUUUAGUUGUGGACCAAACGAGACAUUUGAGGGUUUCUUCUUGGGCUUUGAGAAAUAAUAAUCAACAUUUAUCACCGUGGAAAAACGUGCAGCUCGACAAGACAUAUGUCAAAUGUUAGUGUCACUAGAGUACAUCCACAUGUCCUUAAAUCAGAAGCAGCUUCAUUUGUAUCUUUAUAUAUUCUAGCUGCUCGCUUUACACAGUACUUGAACUUAUAUGUUAUCUAAAAACUAUGUUUAAAUGUGAUGAUGAUAUUGUUGAAAUGUGACUGGAACAAAAUCUAAUUGUCUGUGUUUUUCUCUGUGGAGGGAAAUCCCGCAAGGUUUUACUACUUUUACGACACUUGAAAGGAAACAUUUUUUGUAAAAUGUGGCUGUUGGAGGGAUCUGAUUAGAAAAUGUAGCUUUGCUGUAGUAGCAAUGUCUCACACAGAAAUAUUAAAUGAAAGGCUCAUGGGUAGUUCAACUUAACUGGGGGAUAUCAAUAUUAACUUGCUUAAAACAUAAAAUAGGAUACAUUACAUGUCAUUUUUACAUAAAGUGUAUUUCUUGUCAAUCCAUGUUUUGUAACCCCUUAUUUUCAGGUAUUAUUGUGUUUAAUGUGGAGUUCCUCCCCGGGUGAAAGCCAUGUUAAUGUCAUGUGAUGUUUUGACUCAAGUCUUUAACUUGACCUGAUGAACUAAGAUGACAAAGUUACACAUUCUAAUCGUCUUAUAGAAUAAAAAUGCUAACAAAUAACAUAACAACUGUGAAUCUUUUACUUGUACUUGCUUGGUGUCGUUAAAUGUUUGUGCCUUUCCUGAUGAUGUCAUAUCUAAGGUGGUCGACACGGGCAAACGGGUUUCAAUGUCCCAAAAUACUCAUAUCAGGAGAAACGCGCUGCAGCUUCUAAAACAAAAAAAAAAUACAAAACUGAAAUGUGCCAAAAUCCAUGCAACUGAAGGAACAUCUCCACCAACACAACUCAUGCACACAGUUGACUAAAAGCGCUGCAUAAACAAAGCGCUGCAAGGAGCUCAAGUACUACUUUCAUGUUUUAUGACGCCGAGUUAGCCUGUUUCAUAAGUGUUUUUCAGUUUAUUUGAAUAUAUCAUUGAUUUGACUAGGUUGGCUACAUUGGCUAGCUAGCUUACAGCAGAUCUGCAAUAAUAUCGGAAGGAAUCACAGUGUUAAAAUAAUAUGUUAAACAUUUGAGUUAUGUUUCCAGUAACAGUUGGCCAACUUUAUCAUCCCAAAACAUCAACAAGUGGUCCCAGCUGUGUGCAUCACUUUUUAGUGUCCCCUGGUUUCCGUUGUGUUUUCAGCUUCUUGCAGCGUUUUGUUUACGCAGCGCUUUUAGUUAGCGCUUGUGCAUGUGUUGUCAAGUUGGUGAAGAUGUUUCUUCCUUUGUGUUUUGGCACAUUGGUAUUUUUUUAUUUGCAUAGUUUUUUGAACUACAGUGGGUUUCUCCUGAUGGAAGUCUUGUAAGGCGUUUGCCCCUGUCGGCCACCGUACUUAUCCUCUUUCAAAGCUUUGUUAUGCCAAGUGAUACUAUGCAUAAUGCAGAAAAUGAAUGUCAUGCCCAAGCUGCUGGUGAAUAACAAACAUGUUUUGUUACUGAAAUCAAAGUACUUUGUAGUAAUAAAACAACGUAACUGAUGA